CAAGGAGGGGAAACUGGUAUUACAACUUUUUCCAAAAAUGGUCCACUUUUGUCGCAUUAUUUAUAGAGGGCGCUGCAAUCGUUAGCUGUUCUACUUUUCGUAGGAUUUGCCAUAGGCAGCAAUACAGAAAAUAUUGAUUUGAUAUCAAUUUCCAGUAUGAGUAAUUCUUGUAAUGCAACCUGCUUCGUCCCCGGAUACAACAGUGGUUAUACAUCUGUUAGGCAGAAGAAUAAAAGCUUGGAAAUCAAGAAUCCAAGUAUAUUUAGAGCUCCAAAGGAUCCUGUGCUGCUAGACAAAUGGAGACAUGCAAUUCCUCGGGCCGACCGAAUACUUUCAGAGAAGGAUGUUGUAUGCGAGCAUCAUUUUGCAGAAAGUGAUAUAAAACAAUUUUACGAGACGAAAUUGUUCGAUGGGACAAUAUUCAAGUUGGAAAUGGGCCGCCCUAGACUCCAAGAAGGAGCAAUACCCUCAAUCUUUCCAAAUCUGCCUUUAUAUUUAUCCAAACCGUCAUGUAAAAGAAAAGCACCUGCUGCAAGAAAUGUGCCUGUGAAAAGAAUGCUCCAUUGGUUGCAGAUAAUGUUGCCGCUACUAAAAAGGAUUUUACAUUUCCACUGUUGACUGAAAGUCUGCAGAAGAUUUCCAAACCGCAUUGUUUGUGGACUGUAAAUUCUGUAGUUGAAUUCAUUGUAUGUGCUCGAUGGGCAACUAAUUACAUGUGUGAAAAAAGGGUUAUAAUUGAUAAAGAUAUGACUGUAAAGGUUA